AUGGCCCCUAAAUCGGUAUUGAUUACCGGAUGUAGCGAUGAUGGAAUCGGCUCCGGUCUGGCACUCACUUUCCACCAACAAGGCUAUCACGUCUUCGCGACGGCCCGAAAUCUGGACAAAAUGACUAAGCUGAGUGGCGUGUCGAAUGUCACCCUGCUGCCGCUAGACGUGACCGAGCCAAGCCAGAUUGAAGCGGCUGUAACGGCAGUUGAGGCUCAGACCGGCGGAACCUUGGACGUUUUAGUCAAUAACGCCGGUCGCAAUCACUUCAUGCCGUACUUGGACGAAGACGUGGAGCAAGUUAAGGCCCUCUAUGAUAUUAAUGUUUGGGGGCCUUUGCGAGUGACCAAGGCCUUUGUCCCAUUGUUGAUCAAAGCACAAGGCUCAAUCGCUUUCAUCACGUCGAUCUCCGGCUAUCUGAACGUUCCUUUCAUGGGAACCUAUGCCGGCUCGAAACGAGCACUGGAGCUCAUGGCUGACACGCUUCGGCUGGAGUUGAUCCCCUUUCAUGUCAAGGUUCUAUGCAUCCCGACUGGUGCGGUUCGCACUCAAGGGCAGACGUAUUUUGGAGAUUUUAAGCUACCCGAUCAAUCUCUGUAUAAACCAAUUGAAGAAACAAUUGCCGCACGGGCACAGGGCCAGGACGACACUGAGCGAAUGCCCUUGAUGGACUACAGCAGUCAGGUCGUUGCCCAGAUCGAAAAUGGUGCGACAGGCCGCUUUUGGUGUGGGGCCAACGCCGACAGGACGAAGGCUACCAUAAGCGGUGAUUCCAAUGACAUGAUGGUUAGUGCUGUUUUUUUUAUUCUUAUUUUUCUUUCGUUGGAAAAUGCGGUCUAACGAGACACUAAUGCAUGCAUUUAUGCAGGACGACAUCUUCGUCAAGAUCACUCGGCUGGAUACGUUGUGAAUACAUUGGCUUCAUUUGGGGGCUUGCUUUCAAUCGGACAACUUCCGUCGGGGAAUAGAUUAGUGUCAAUAGGUAGCAAUCAAUCAACUAUGUAACCAUGGCUUACUGGUCAUACCCGAUAUCCUCUGGACUGUGUGGACAGCAGGCCACGUCUGAUUACUGCAUAAUGUUUCCUACCUACUAUAGUCAUCCGCUAUCUCACUACAUGUAGAUCCCUUUUCGCUGAGGCAUGCACCAACAGUGGUAAUAUCAUAAUAGGUUUCCGAUUAGCUGAAAUUCCAAGGUGGUCAUAUGCAACGAUUCGGAGGCGCUAGAGAGGUAGCUAAUGUAUUAAUGACCAACUACAAAAUUGGAGCUUUCUGCCUCUGGCUCAUGAACGGAUCCUGGAUAUAUUAAAUAUUGCAUCCUCGUUCAAAUAUGCAAGUCACAGUCAAGCAAACAUGAUUUCC